AUGUCUUCCCAUCCGAGGUCUCUUUCUUGGAUUGUGGUUUCAAUGGGGGGAUUAGCUGUGUUUUUAAUUCUUGCUUCCUGGGUUCUUAUAUCUUAUCCCAUUGGUUCCACAGUCCAUAAAUAUUUCUACGGUGUAGAGAGUGUUGAAAAGUUUGAUUUGCCAGUCUCUUUAAUCAAUAGCACUUUUACAAAUGUUAACUUGAAUGAAAGCUUAGAUCUAGUACACAAUAAUGCAUCUCCUGAUCUACAAUCUCCGACAGUUUCCUCUAGCUAUGUGUCAACUGAUACCAACAGAGAACAGACAGGAUGUGAUUUGUACCAGGGCAAUUGGGUGCAUGAUCCAUCAGGACCAUUAUAUACAAACAAUUCAUGCCCUGUAUUAACUCAAAUGCAGAACUGUCAGGGUAAUGGAAGGCCUGACAAGGAUUAUGAGAACUGGCGAUGGAAGCCCUUUCAGUGUAACCUUCCACGAUUUGAUCCCAAGAAAUUUUUGGAGAUAAUGAGAGGGAAGACUUUGGCUUUCAUUGGAGAUUCAGUAGCUCGAAAUCAGAUGGAAUCAAUGUUGUGUAUUCUUUGGCAGGUAGAGGUACCCAAGAACAGAGGAAACAGAAACAUGCAGCGAUAUUAUUUUAGGUCCACAUCUGUAAUGAUAGUUCGGAUAUGGUCCUCUUGGCUUGUGAAAGUCACAAAUGAGCCAUUUGAUUUUGCUCCAGCUGGGGUGGAUAAGCUGCUUCUUGAUGCCCCUGAUGAAAAGGUCAUGAACUUUCUCCCAACCUUCGAUGUGGUUGUCAUUUCUUCUGGCCACUGGUUUGCCAAACAGUCUGUGUACAUACUGAACAAUGAGAUAGUAGGAGGACAGUUGUGGUGGCCAGACCAGUCUAGACCUAUAAAGGUUAAUAACAUAGAAGCAUAUGGGAUAUCUGUUGAAACAAUCCUUACUGCUUUUCUUAACCAUCCAAAUUACACUGGGCUUACCAUUCUGCGCUCCUAUUCACCAGAUCAUUAUGAGGGUGGGGCUUGGAAUACUGGAGGAUCAUGCACUGGGAAGCUUAAGCCUCUUGCUGCUGGUGAACUGGUGAAAAAUGGGUAUACUGACACAAUGCAUGAGAAACAAGUCAAUGGGUUUAACCUUGCAAUAAAGAAGGCAAGGAAUAGAUCAAAGUUGAUAUUGAUGGAUAUCACUGAUGCCUUUCAGUAUCGCCAUGAUGGUCAUCCAGGUCCAUAUAGGAGCCCCGACCCGAAUAAGAUUACAAAACCUGGACCCAAUGGAAGGGCCCCACCACAGGAUUGCUUACACUGGUGCAUGCCUGGUCCUGUUGAUAUUUGGAAUGAACUUGUGUUUGAAAUUAUCAGGAGAGAAUAUAACAGUGGAAGGUCAUCAUGAAGUUCAUUUCUUUUUAAAGGUAUUGCUAUGGAAAGCCCUAUUUCAUGACAAGUGGAGCUUUUCGACCUACCUAAAAAGUUUGUCAAUAAGAAUCUUUAGGUAAAUAUAGAAAUCCAUCUUUGGGAAAAGCUCUACAUUGGGAGUUAGAAUUUUUCAUUGCAACACCCUUCUUGCGAUGAUCAAGCUAUAUGUGUUUCUGCACGAGCCGAAAUAUGCAACUUUGAGAAGAGAAGAAACUAGUUUU